GCUUUCUCGGGUGAGAGGCACAGGGGUACCAACCUUGUUCCCCUCUUGCAGUCCGUCCUUACCGACAUUGCCCGCACUCUUCUUGGUCUCCUGCGGGGAACAAAUCUCGCUCACAGAGAGCGAACUAGAAAUCUCGCUACUCGACAGCUGAACUGGUUCUUAAACUGGUUUGAAUUGUGCUCAAACGGAUCCAUCACAAGAAGAGAUGUGACGGGAUCAACAGAUGGAGGUGAAAAGUGAGCUAGUGAGCCAGAUUUCGAUUGUGGACCUCAAGACCGUUCUGAACUUUGACCGUAUUGCCAUUUUGGGGUCUGUGAUUGCUCCGUAUACAGCUGUUGAAUCCAGAAAGCCAAGUUGUAAGGCAGCAGCAGCCUAUUUGCUUACACAGUAGGGAUGAGUCGCCUCCUCGCAGUGCAAGUCUAGUACAGACCACUUAAGGACAGCCUUGCGGACAAGGGCAGAGGAAGCAGAAGCCCAAAUUUGUAUUGAUGUCUUCUCACAAGCAACUGACCUAAGGCUGGAAGAAUGAAAAGUGCUGUUAGUUUGCUUGCCACCCAUAUUUGAGCCUAAUCUUAUCUUGAAAUCCAGGCUUCCGAGGAAACUUGUCACUCCUCUGCUCCCGUGGCCAUUGUCGAGUUGAAGGGGCACGACGAAAACGUGUGUUCUGGAAUCUAUAUGUCAUAAAAACUACACAUUUCCAAGUCCCCUGAUCACCUAGUCAGCCUUUUAGCCUUGUCUGUACAUGUAGCAUAGGUCUAACCACGACUUCCAUUCCCCGGAGGAGGACGAGGGCAAGAAGGAUAGGAACAGGAACCGUGCCUCCACUGAGUGUGUCAGUGUGUCAGUGAAUAAUACAACGUGAUAUUAUAGUAAUAGAGAAAAUCAACAGUGCUUGUGUGUGGUAUUACCGUUUACAAAUUCUUAGUCCAGCAUCAUGGGUAACGAAGCCAGCCUGCCCAUGGAGAUGGCCACGAACUUCGAUGCCGACGAGAUCAAGCGGUUAGGGAAGCGAUUCAAAAAAUUGGACCUGGACAACUCCGGGUCGCUCUCCGUGGAAGAGUUUAUGUCACUGCCAGAACUUCAACAGAAUCCCCUAGUCCAGCGAGUCAUAGACAUUUUUGACGAGGACGGGAACGGGGAAGUGGAUUUCAAGGAGUUUAUUCAGGGCGUGUCUCAGUUCAGUGUCAAAGGUGACAAGUCCUCAAAAUUGAGAUUUGCCUUCAGAAUCUAUGAUAUUGAUAAUGAUGGUUACAUCAGCAAUGGAGAAUUGUUUCAAGUCCUCAAAAUGAUGGUUGGGUCCAAUCUAAAGGACACCCAGUUGCAGCAAAUUGUGGACAAGACCAUCCUAUUUGCCGACAAAGACGAGGAUGGCAAGAUCAACUUCGAGGAGUUUUGCGAAGUGGUUGGUAACACGGAUGUUCACAAAAAGAUGGUUGUCGACGUAUGAAUCAAAUCCACUCACCCUUAACAUCAUCAUCAUUAUCAUCAUUACUAGCAAGUUUCAUUUCUUCAAAUACUACUACUUCUUCUAUUAUUCGACGAUUACCACUACUAUUACAACUACUACCACGAUUACUAUUGCUAAACUUCUACUAGUAUCAUUUUAUCUCUUGCCUUCGCUAAACAUCUCCUUUUUGUCUCUCGAUCCUUCAACAAUGACUUCAAAAGCAACAGUUAUGCAGUCAACAUCCCCGUUUACGAGUUCCUCAUUACCCGAAAAAUCCCUUAUUUCCCAGAGAGAAUGUCCACGCGGACUUUUCUUCUCGUCAGAAGAUGGAGCACAAAAUAAUGUUGGCUCCUUAAUUCACCACUUGCUCUGUGGGCCAUUGUUGCCUCAUCAAUGAAAAUGAAGUAUUUCAACAAGUGCUAAUAACAAAAUAUCAAUUGGAGGAGGAGAAGGAGGGUUGGGUGGUGGUGAUUCUUCUCCUUCCGCUCUUUAUCCCGCAAAGAUCAUGUCCCCUAUCUUCAAAGACAACCAAAACAACCGGCAUUGCCCACCCCACCCCUUCAGAGUUGAUGCUUGUGUGGUGAUCAUCCAAUAUUAGUACUCUAAUUAUUGCUGAUAUCUAUUUGAGUAAUCCAUAUCUUGAACAAUAGAGUUUGACCAUCAUUCUUGGUGUUUUUGCUAUCAGAUCCCUCUCCUAUUUCAUUGACUCCCAAUUCUCGGCCAAGUUUGAAGAAGCCGCGUUGUCAACAUCGAUUUUUGUCCUUUUUUUUUUUAAUUUGCAUGUCUGACUAAGAAAACAAAUCCAAUUUUUCAUCCAGCACCAUAUUCCUCAUUCAAAUUCAAGAUCACAAAUGUUAUUAUUCUGGAUAUUAGUGUUCAUAAUAUCACCGCAAUGAUAAUAGUUAUAAAACAAAGCAGCAUCUUCAACGUUUCUUUGUCAACACGCACUGCUGUUGUUCCAACGCCUUCAACACUUAGCCUUGCUUGGUUCAAGUUUUUAAAAAAUUUCCCCCAUCGGAACACGUGUUUUGAAGGCAGGGCCUAGCUUUUAAAAACAGAUAUCAAAUCUCAUCCCCUCCCCCUUUUCCUCCCACUUCAGAGGGUUCUUUGAAAAAUCUCUCUUUUUGACACCUCCAUACACACAAAAUCACCUCUCGUUUGUUCAUCUCCUAUGAAAUCCAUUAACUGUAAAACAUGAAUCAUGUUUCAACCACAUCAAACAUGCUGAAAUUUCUUUGAAAAUGCCAAAAACUAUGAGCUUCUUGAGAAUAAACACUCUUUCGAUUGACAAA